AUGGCGAACGAGAGCAAGUACACCAGGCAACUCAGCCGCCUCCGCAGGGGGCCUCGCCAACCUUCGUCGAUCUGGCCGAGGACCGUUCACAAGACUGACGGCAUGUUACAACGACAAUACUUCCCGCUCCUGGACCUGCCUCGCGAACUCAGAGAUCUCAUCUACGAGUAUGCAUUGGUAGCCAAGGACGGCAUACACAUUCGCGCUGUCCCACCAGUGCCCAACGGCAGACUUCCAAUUUGUCGAUCUCCUACAAAGCGGAGGAGCAUCCUUUACAAUGGAUAUAGCAAGUACCACGAAUGCCACUUCGACGUUACCUACGAAUUCUAUGCUCCGAAGGGUCCGCACGACGUCUGCGAUCUCAGCAUAUUCCUCGUCAACAAGCAGGUUUACGCAGAAGCGUCCAAAAUCUUCUAUUCUCAGAAUAUCUUCGAUUUCUGUCCCGAAAUGGAUGAAGACAGAUCAUUCUCAACUUGCCACCUGUUUCUGAUGGAUCGUCCGACCUCGGCUUCCUCAAAAAUUCGGUCGCUUGCUCUCAGAUUCGGCCAGCCACAGUUUGCGCUUGACCCUCUUUUCGAGCGCUAUACAAUGCCCGAAUAG